UAGCAAUGAGCACAUGACGUUGUCAGGAUCCUGAGUAGGCCAAGGUAUUGCCUGAGUAUUGGCUAGGCCCCCAAGGGGCAGGUCUGAAUGUUAACAAUGGGAGAUUAUCUUGAUUAUUUUAAUUGUGACCAAGGCAACUUAAAGAAGAAUUUGUUUGAGCUUAUCCAGAGGGAUGAGUCCAUCUUGGCAUUAGGGACAGCUGAGAUCUCACAUCUCGAACUGCAAGGAGGAAGCAGAGAGCAGACUGAGAAUGGUACACGGCUCUUAAAACCUCAAAGCCCGCCCCCAGUGACAUACUUCCUCCAGCAAGGCCACACCUCCUAAACCUACCCAAACACCACCACCAACUGGAGACCAAGCAUUCAAGCACCUGAGCCUGUUGACCACCACAAGACCCAUCUUUUAGUUUUUUCAAGAUAGGGUCUCACUAUGUAGCCCUAGUGGCCCUGGAACUCACUCUGUAGACCAGGCUGGCCUGGAACUCAGAGAUCUGCCUGCCUCUGCCUCCCAAGUGCCACUACAUCCAGCCACAAGACCCAUCUUAAUAGUGGGUGGGACCGUUCCCUUACUGUACAAAUGGAGGAAGGCGAUGAGCAGCAAUGGGUGUUCGUUGCCCUGUGUUUCUUGACUAUGGAUGCAGUGUGACCACGUGUUUGUGCGGCAAGCCCCUGCUGCCCUUGACGCCCUGCGUGCCGGGCUGCACCUUGAACCAGGAUCUGGAAUAAGCUCCCCCGUUGGUUCUUUUGGUCAGGACAUUUUAUCAGCAACAGGAAGAGAAACUGAGACUGGCACCAGGCCCGCCCACCCGCCUGCUCUUCCUUCCUUUAGAAAAACAUUUUCUUCUUUGUCACUCCCUCUUCCCUCCUCACCCCUUUUUCUCACUCCCUCUUCCCUCCUCACCCCUUCUUCUCACUCCCUCUUCCCUCCUCACCCCUUUUUCUCACUCCCUCUUCCCUCCUCACCCCUUCUUCUCACUCCCUCUUCCCUCCUCACCCCUUUUUCUCACUCCCUCUUCCCUCCUCACCCCUUCUUCUCACUCCCUCUUCCCUCCUCACCUCUUUUUCUCUUUUUGCAGUAAUAUUACGGACCCAUUAAAAACUUCAGUGUGCUAAAAUCUAUUAUCAUUAUGAUUAUGAUACUCAAAUUAUCCCAAACUUGUCCUUGAGGGCAGCUCCUAUAUUCUUCUGACUUAGACUUACUAGUCUUUGGUCUUUGUUAUCUGGCCAAAGAAGUUCCAGACUCACCUGGAACUUUCCCUUAAAAAAAUCCAGGAACCAUUCAUUUCUCCAGGAAAUGUUUCUUGUUUCUUCUUGUUGGAGCUAUCUAGAAAGACCCAUGCAGGUGUGCUCAUAGAUUAUAGAUCAUUUCUAGGCUGAGUGAAGGAAGCGGAGAAGGGAGAGGGAUUAUUGCUUAGUAGGUUUAUGGUUGUUGCAACAGUUGGUCCUCACUGAUAGCGCAUAAAAGGCCCCCCAUCUCUAGCCCCUAUUAUUCUUUUAGGACAACCGUACUGUCUUUUGCUUGGGGCUCAGUGUCUCAGUGGUACAGCACUUGCCCCCCGCUGACAGGGGCCUGGUUCGAUCUCUAGCACCAGUCGGUUUUUGUUUUCCUCUCAGAAGCAUCGCAAGCCUUAUUCAGAUUCUGUCUCUGCUCCUUACCAAAACGCUGUGGCUUCUGGUAUGGGCCAGGGCACAGGCUCACGAGUCCUCAUUUGGAGAUCUGGCCCAGCCUCCUCUCAGUAUGUGGCCUUAAGUAGCUAGCUGUCUUCACUGUUCUGGGCUUUGCUUUUAUAAUUCUAGAACCAGGAUGAUAAUCAUACUGCCGUUGUGCCAUCUUAAUGAAAUAAUCUUCAGGAAAAUGCCUCACAUGGCUCUGAGCAUGUCAUAGUUCCCUCAAGAAAUAGUCACUCUCUGGCCCCUGGCAUACGGAUCAGAAUCAAGUUGAGGUGGUAGUUAUGGCAAAGGCCUUCACUCCCAAAGGCUGCAGCAUGCACACCCUGCUGACAAAGUGGCCUUGACACACAGCCUGCCACUGCUUUGGGCAAGCUAUCUAAUCUCCUCAGCCUCAGUUUCCCCUUUGUAAAGUGGAGGUAAUGCUUUCCCUUGAUGUAGUGUUUUGGAGCUUAAAGAGGCCGCUCUAUUUAACACACCUACCCUCCUGGAGCCUGCAAGGACUGAGGAUUGCAGGCCACAGCUCUUAUGGAACAUCUCAAAGAUUUCUAUUUUGGGGGUCUUAAUUAAAGGUUGCAGAUGAUGAUUUUCAGGCCUUGGACUAAAAUUGCUCCUUCCCACAGAGCCAGGUGGGGCACCCUGGCCCCACUGCCCUGUCAAGUGGAUCAAGGAGCUACCAUCUCCUGGUUUGGUGCCUGUGGUUUACCCAGAGAGGGAGAGAGGCUGGAUGUUUGAGGGUGUUUGUUUGUUUGUUUGUUUGUUUGUUUGUUUGUUUGUUUGUUUCCUGUGUUUUAAGUGGCCGGGGAUACCUUCAUGAGAGAACUGUUCAUUCACACACAGAGGCUAUGGUUUGGAACUUGUAUUUCCUGAUUCAGUUUGCAUCCUCAUUUACCUUUUGAAUCUGGCCUUUAAAGACCUGGUUUUUGCAUGUUGCUUUUUCAGUCCUGGGUUGCUAUAGAGAGGUUUUGAUUGUUCAGGGGAUCUGCACUGUGCGGGAGCUGUUUGUCAUCUUGUCAUCCUGGGGUUUUGUUCCCCUAUCCUCAGGUGUGAGUGGGCAGAGCUCCAAGCUGGUCUACACAGAGCAUGAUGAUGUGGGCAUCUCUUGCUUUCCUUGCACACUGGGGUUCCGUGACAGAAGGAAAUGAGCAGAGGUGUAAGAUUCAGCAUUGGAUUCAGAUCUCAGCUUCUCCACUGACUGGAUAUGUGACCUUGAGCAUGUCUUGCCCUCUCUGAGCCUCAGUUUCCCUCAUGUACAAACUGGAGAGGGUAAUAGUAGGAAAGAAAAGUGGGUAUUUGAUGCCUAGGGGAGCUAAAGCAGAGCAGGAGAAAGCCCAUUUUGCUUAGCGUGUACACAUUUGGUGUGCGUACCACAGAUAGGAGGCUCAAAGAAUUUGUGAUUAAGUUUAUACAGCAUCCUGAGCUAGAGAGAGGAAGAUGAGCUCGAGCUUCUGACAGUGGUGGGGAAUUGUGGGAGAGUGGGGGAAGGAAGUGUGUAGUGAAUAUGGGUUGUCUUCUUAUACAGAUGAUACAGAUGAAAGUCUCAGGUGACAGUAGCCAUCUCCGAGUAGCUCUCUUCCUAAUGAGUUUCUUUUGUGAUUGCAAGUUCUCUUCCUCCAAGUGCAUCUGUCCAGAGCUGCUCCUGUGUCUGUACUUUCUCAAAAUAACUAAACAAUCAAUAUACCAAAGGGAACGUGGCGUAUUCUGGCUUCAUGUGGUCGUAUCUGAAGGUGGCGUGUCCUGGACCACCUCAAGGUGUGCUUGUAAAGGCAUGGAGGAAAGCAUUGAACCCACAGACCCAUUCCUUCUGCUUUUCUAUAUAACAUUAUUAAAGUAGGAUAUAGCACAGUAGUGAGACUUUCUCACAUUCCCACAGUCAUGGGUUUUAUCUCCCACAAUACAAAAAUAAAUAUAUAAGCCAGGCAGUGGUGGCACACGCCUUUAAUCCCUGCACUUGGAAGGGAGGAGGAUCUCUGUGAGUUCAAGGCCAGCCUGGUCUACAGAGUGAGUUCCAAGACAACUAGGGCUACACAGAGAAACCCUGUCUCGAAUAAACAAAUAAAACAAAAAACAAAACAAAACAGAAAAAAAAUAUAUGUAUAUGAAUGCUGGGGAUGUAGCUCAGUGAUAGAAUGUGUGCCUAACAUGCAUGGGAUCAUAGAUUGAUCCCCACCACCAACAAUGAAAGCAGUGAAUUAAAUGAGUAAAGAGCUACCGAGUGUUAAGUGAGACCCAACAACAGGUGGCGGCCUCUGGCUUGCCAAGCAGGCUGCAGAGCAGUAUUUGAACAAGAUGCUUCAAGAGGUUUCAGACUUUUUGAGGCUAUUAACGCCUUCUGUUGCUUAUGGCUCUCCUUACCAGUUUUGUCUAUCUGUAGUGCUAGGCAUGGAAACCAGGGCUGCAUGUAUUUGGGAGAUGCUCCUGAGCUGUACAACUCAGCCCAUAAGCACCACUUUCUGAACCCAGGGCCUCACCUGCCAGGCAAGUACUCUACCACUGAGUUACAUCCCUACCUCCAUCUUAGUCACUGUUCUACUGCUAUGAAGAGGAACCAUGACCAAGGUAACAUCUAUCUAUCUAUCUAUCUGUCUAUCUAUCUGUCUGUCUGUCUGUCUGUCUAUCUAUCUAUCUAUCUAUCUAUCUAUCUAUCUAUCUAUCUAUCUAUCUAUGUAUUAGUUUUUCAAGACAGGGUUUUUCUGUGUAGCCCUGGCUGUUGUCCUGGAACUCACUCUGUAAGAAUGGCCUGCAAAAUUCAUGAAGACAGUCUGCUUAGUAGACUCUUAGCUUGUUGUAGAAGGAUAAUUCAGAAGAGGCCAGAGGAAGAAGUGCACAUGGCCGGGUAUGGACAAGGAAUAAAGGCCGGCAGCUUCAUUCCCUCCAGGUGCCCGUUCACCUGGUAUCUCCUUGGGUUCACUGACUCAGAAUCUGCUGUUGGGUGUUUGUGGAGGCCUCAUUAUGUGAACAUGCUGACUAAAUCAUUUGGCCUUGGUGAUUGUCGCUCUCCAGUCCCUGCUGGAAGGUGAGGGUGAAAGUUCAACCCUCUAUAGCUGGUUUCCCUGGCAACCAGCCGCUAUCCUUAAGGGCUGCCCAGACGUCAGCUGUUGACAUAAACCCACUGUGGUGACAGGGCUUGCUAAGAUUAACGGAAGAUGCCCCUUUCAUGUGUAUUUCAGGAGUCGGGGCAAGAUCAGUAAUACACCAAAAGGAAAUAAUGAGCACUUUAGAACUCUGGCCUAGACCGAGAGACAGGACCAGGAUGCAUAGUUCUUACUAUAUCAGUCCACCUGGACCUACUGUGUGCUAAAAAGAGACUAUGUAGACAUGAGUCCUGUCAUUCUCAAAGGGCUAGGGGGCUCAGAAAAUGAUUCCCCAAAGUGUGACAUGGCAUGCUGAGUGCUUUGAAUUAAAAGAAAACCAAAGCCUCUGUGACCCCCUGCCCUUCUGGCUCUUAGCUCUUCUUCCAGGUGCAGGAAGGGGCUUUCUCUGAAGGUUCCUUACAUGACCAAAGACUGAGAAUUGCCUUGAAUAGCUCCCUAGCUGUUGGCUCCUCAACCUGAAAGAUGAACUGAAUCACAGAAUAGACGAAGAAAUACCAUUCCCAGUGCCCAAACAAAUUUUAUCACAGGUUGUCACCCAUUCUUCUGGGGAUAGCUCUAGACAGCUUUUAUUAACUGAGAUAAUCAUUCUUUACCAUCUAAGCAUCUUCCCACACACAAAACUUGUGUGGCAAGCCGACCGCCCCAUUCUUGUCGGUUACUUGGGGUACUGUGUAGACUUCAGUAAUCUAGCCCUUCUUUGGGGUCUAUCUGUGGUACUUGCAUUUACUUGUUUUUCCUCCUAUGAACCUCUCUACUGACAGUUUAUUUCAGGGAUUCAGUUCUCACCUUCAAAGAACGGAGCUUUUUCUUUUAUUUUCCCUACCGUAAUUCUGGUUUUAAUUAAAGCACCCAGCAUGCCAGUGUCUCACUUUAUGAUCAAGUGCACACACAUAACUGAAACAGAAAUCUCAUAGCAAUAGAUGUAACUGGUCACAGCCCUCUUCCUGUAUUGAUUUCAUGACUCAUUAGUAUGCUAUAACAUUCUCUGUUCCAGUUUAUAGAGAUAAUUUAUACACAAUGAAACACAUUCUUCUUAAGUUAUAAUUAUUUAAGUUUUGACCACCAUGACAUCGAGAUAUGCAGAAUUUCUAUCACUCCAAAAUAUUCGCUCAUGCCUCGUCAUAGCCCAUGCCUUCUCCCUGGCCUGGCCACUAGCAAGUCUCUGUCUCUAGUUUUCCUUCUCAGAAUAUUAUACAAAUAGAAUCAUGCACAUGCACAUUUCUGAGGCUGGCUUCUUUCACUUGUGGUAAUUCUUUUCAUCUAUAUUCAUCUAUAUGGCAACCGUGUAUGUAAGAGUUAUAUAUAAUGUAUAUUUCUGAGUCACAGUCCAUUAUAUGACUGUAGCAUAAUUUGUUUAUAUUUUAGUAGUUUCUGGAUUUGAGCCAUCAUGAACAAAGCUGCGUUAGACAUUGACAUACAGGACUCCGUAGCGUGCAGCUUCCUCUCUCCAGGGGUGGAACCACUUGGUCACAUGACAACAGGAGAUUCGUUCUUGCCUUCUUAUCAGCAGUGUUGCCACUCUCCACUGCUGUGUGCUCACCAACAUUUGGAAUUGCCAGUUUUUUUCACGAGCAGAUUUAUUUUCAUGGACUUACCAUGAACUAUUUCCAGGCACCUGGCCUCCUACCAUGUCUGACCCCAUUACACUGAAUGUUGGGGGGAAGCUCUACACAACCUCACUGGCAACUCUGACCAGCUUCCCUGACUCCAUGCUGGGCGCCAUGUUCAGUGGGAAGAUGCCCACCAAGAGGGACAGCCAAGGGAACUGUUUCAUUGACCGUGAUGGCAAAGUGUUCCGCUACAUCCUCAACUUCCUGCGGACGUCCCACCUGGACCUGCCGGAGGACUUCCAGGAGAUGGGCCUGCUCCGCAGGGAAGCUGACUUCUACCAGGUCCAGCCCCUGAUUGAGGCCCUGCAGGAGAAGGAGGUAGAACUCUCCAAGGCAGAGAAGAAUGCCAUGCUCAACAUCACGCUGAAGCAGCGUGUGCAGACAGUCCACUUCACCGUGCGGGAGGCACCACAGAUCUACAGCCUGUCUUCCUCCAGCAUGGAGGUGUUCAAUGCCAACAUCUUCAGCACAUCCUGCCUCUUCCUCAAGCUCCUUGGCUCUAAGCUCUUCUACUGUUCCAAUGGCAAUCUGUCCUCUAUCACCAGCCACUCGCAGGACCCCAACCACCUGACUCUUGACUGGGUGGCUAAUGUGGAAGGCCUUCCAGAGGAAGAGUACACCAAGCAGAACCUCAAAAGGCUGUGGGUGGUGCCCGCCAACAAGCAGAUCAACAGCUUCCAGGUCUUUGUGGAGGAGGUACUGAAAAUCGCUCUGAGUGAUGGAUUCUGCAUUGAUUCUUCCCAUCCACACGCUCUGGACUUCAUGAACAACAAGAUCAUUCGGUUAAUCCGGUACAGGUAAAAAGACCCUAGCUACACUGGGGAAGGAGCCCCCAAGAAGCUCAUGUCAGCCAAGGCUUUGAGGAGAGGGUCUCACCGGUGGCGCGAGGCAGGGAGCUAUACUAAUCUGUAUUAAUUGCACAGCAGGACUUGAUUCCACAUGAUGAAGUCCACCUUCUGGAAUCCACAUGUCCUCUAAACAGAACCACCUUUUCUUGCCAUUUUGAGCUGGCGAUGGGUAGUUUAUUAUGACAAGUUAAAAGUCAGCUGAUACAUACAAGAGGAGCCCACAGGAGGACUCUGGCUGGGACAAAGGAGGGGCAGUUUUCUCAUGGGUAAUCACCAUACCCCUAGUCAGUGCCUCACCCAUCUCCAGAGAGAGCCCUGGCUGCCGAGGGGUAGGGUGGGAACAAGAGGCUUCUGUUAGUUUCCUAGGACAUCACAUGUACAGCAACUUCCCAUCACACCUGCUUUGUUCUGGAGGAUGCGUCCAGGUACCAGGACACCUUUGCCCAAAGGCAACCGUGGUUGGGUGGUUUGGAAUGCAAUAUGUUCCCAGAACCCUUUGCCACUCCACUCAGGGAGAAAGUUGAGCUGUCCCGUGGCCUACAGGAGUGAGUGUCUAGGCUUCAGCAGGAAGGGGUGACCCUUCUGAAGAGGCUGAAUUGAAGGAUUCUUGGCUUCAGAAAUUGGUGGUUUUCCCUGCAGAGAUGUGAUGUAUUGGAGCCAAGAUGAUGAAGGACCCAGCCCGUCGCUUGACUUUCAUGAUCCUUUUCCCAUGAAUUGGAAGUAUCACCCAAACCAGUCGGUUAAACCAAUAUGUUAUGAACUCUCAGGGUUGGAAAAUAAUCCAGUAGUUUUUAGUUCUUCCCCUUCUUCUAGGACACCCCAGGACAUUUGGGGAUGAGUGCCUCUCCUUGAGUACCUCCAAGGGAUCACUUAUGCCACCUUGCAUACCCCCUGGUGACAGAAAGCUCACUAUUCUCAGGGCAGCUCUUGCCAAGGUUGAGCCAUGCUGGUUGUUAGAAAGUCCUUUCAGUAUUGACCCACAAUCCUUUCUGCUGGGUCCAUGUGCUAGGUCUUCCUUUUCACUCAGAUGUGUGUCCUUGCUUUGACUAGACACUUUGAUGAUAUCAUUACUCAGAACUCAGAUUCCCCUUACAAUUUGUCUUUAGCAAGAUUAGCUCCUUUCUCUCCUAAGCCAACCCUCUUUUAUAUGGCUUUGCCUUGUUCAUGGCCCCCAGUUCAUCAACCUUCCCCACCAGCAAUGGCUCAGCAUGCCUGAUUGUGUCUGGCUGGAAGAAGACCGCUGACUGAGGAGAUCCAGGGGUUUGGAAAAUGGUCUUCGGCAAGGAGUACAGGAGUGCUCUGUACUACCACAGUGCCCCUGGAGCAGAUUUCCAGCCCUAACACUUCUCUUAAGAAAGCAGCCUUCCCCAUCACACUGUCUGGUCCUAACUACCUAUGGGCCGCCCUGGGAUACAUUAAGGGCAAGAAACCCCAGACCACUACUUCCCAACAGGCGAGGUACCUUAUGGACCUCUAAACUGCACAUUGUGACUCAUCCCUGGAUUGACUAUAGCUUCUUCGAGAGUCCCAGAAUCUCCCCCACUGCGGACAAGCUCCAGACACAGCCAGGGAAGCCUGGAACAGGAUCCGUGGGUGGAUAGAGCAAAGGGCUUCCACAUACCACAUACCCUGUGAAUGAGGAGUUUCCAUAGGCAUAGGCAAAACCUGGUCCCGAGGCACUAAAGGCCUUUCUCUCCCUACAGCAGGACUCAGAGGUUUCUCUGUGGCUGUCUUGAGCCACCAUACCAGUAGUACUCUGGAAAGUUCUUCAGAGAACCAAUCAGGACAACAGAAGCUGUGAUCAUAGCCAAUUAAGUCAAGGGAGAAAAAAAACACCUCAGAAAUCAACACUGCCCCCCCACACAUUUUUUUCUGCAUAAAACUGCAUUCUCCAUCUUUUUGGUGCUUCCUAAUUCGAUAGUUUGACCUUAGAGCAAGUACAGGACCUGUGAAGCCACUAACAUACUAUUUGACUAUAAAAGUCACUCGCCUCACUGAGCCACCUCCAUUUCUUCAUCUGUGAAAUGGGCAUAUAGUAAUACAUAACCCUACCUACCUCACAGGACUGUUGUGAGGAUCAAACAAAAUAAUGUAUGUGAGAAUAAACGAUAAAUGACAGUUA